AUGACGAUCAGCAGAUUUAUUUUCGUCUGUCUAUUUCUACGAGUUUCUGUUGUACAUACUUCUCAUUUUCGUGGUGGUACUAUUACGUGGCGACCUCUCAAUAAUACCCCGUCGGGUAGUACCGUUGAUAUUCAAAUACGUCAACGAUAUUCAUGGCGUCGUUCAUCUAUCAUGUGCACCGACACAACCAUUGCUAACUUAGGGCUUGUUGGAGAUAAUAGCCCUGUUAAUUGUGUGUCUGGUACUUGUUCUUCUUGGAGCAGUAUGAACACACAAACAUACUGCACUGAUUAUAGUGUUGGUCUCGAUGUUACUUCUGGUGAAAAAUAUGUCACAAAAACAAUAGCAAUCGGUAUUCCAUUCAGUAUUGCUUUUGUCUCAGCUGCUUGGUUUGCAAAUCUUGUUAUUGGAGCUAACUCAGGAUGGAAUCUUGUCAAUCGAAUAAAUACUGUCGUUAGACCUGAUGGAUAUAUAAAUUCAAGUCCUAUUGCUACUACUCUUCCUGUUAUCUACAAAGCUACCAAUCAACAACAUGUGCAUGUUGUUCAAAUAUCUGAUUUUGAUGGAACUGAUGAUUUAAAAUGUCGUUGGUCUACUUCGUCAACAAGUAAUUAUAAUUCAUACAAUGAAUGUGGCGGUGUUUGUUCAGGUGUACCUGGCGCUGUUCUUUUUAGUAAUAAUUGUACAUUAGUAUUUACACUUACACAAGCUUCAGUAUACGUUGCAGUAGCUUUACAAAUUGAAGACUAUUAUGAUAGUACAUCAACAACACCAAUGAGCUCUGUUCCACUUCAAUUUCUUUUUUACGGCUAUGCUGUACCCAGUGGUUGUAGUACUCCACCAAGUAUCAUUGGUAAUCGACCAAAUCGAGCCUGCAUUGGUACGCCAAUUGGAUCCAAUGUUACUGAAUAUGUUAUCGCAGAAGUUGGCUGUACUGGCAAAACUAUAAUCGAUUUCACUUCUAGUUCUCCAGUUGGUAUGAAAAAGAGUGUUAUUGAAAAUCCAAGUACUGGUAUCUAUCAAAUUGUCCUCAGUUGGAUUCCUACACCUGAUCAAUAUGGUCCACAAGGCUUUUGUGCAGGAGCUGUUGAUAGCACAAAUGUUCAAUCAGAACAAUGGUGUAUUACAUUUUUAGUUGGUUUUGAAUCACCUAGUAUUAUUCGGCCAAGUGCUGUUCAAGGUUCAGCUUCACCAAUCGGCACCAUAUUUCAGAGUCACACGAUUUUUUCAAUUCAAAGUAAUUCUGAUGAUACUACACGUUCAGUCAGUCGACCAACACGAAAUGGUACUUACAUUCACUUUAAAGAUUCUACUACAAAUACAAUUGUUCAAUCAUAUGAUUGUGGUUGGCAACCAGAAGUAACAUAUACUGGAUUUACAAUUGUUAUUCGUUUUCCAACUGCACCAUGGAUUGUAGGACAUUCGUAUUAUGUUAUGUUUGAUAGUGGUGUAGCCAGUGGAACUGAAUUUUGUGGUCCUGAAUCUGCACCAAUAACAGAUCCUUCAUUUUGGGUUUUUAACAUUUGGGAUCCAGGACAUUCAUCUACAACAACAACGACAACUACUCCACCAACAACAAGAACAAUUACAACAAGACCUGUGUCAACUACAAGUGUCAAUACUCUACUGACAACAACGGGUAUUGUAAUAACAAGUACAUCUUCUCGUUCUACGAGAACUACAACUAGCUCAACUUCUACGUCAUCAACAUCAACAACAACGCUUACAACUACAACAACUACAACUUCAGGACCAACUGUUAAUGUUAUGUAUCCCAAAGAUCUGGAAAAAGCAUGUCAACAACCAGUGAUAAUUAUGAAUGUUCUUUCCAUGGCUGCCAUGAUUCCUGUACAAGCUGCAGGAAUGUUUGUUGCUUUCUCACAAUUUGCCACUAUCUUUAAUCCAUCACAUACUCAAGCAAAAUUAAGACAUGCACAACGAAUGAAAAAACUUUAUCAACAUUAA